UCUACCUAAUUGCGUAAAACGACAUGGCAGCAAUAUAAAACUAAACCUAUGCCUUUAUAAGGUUGCAUUUUGUCUGCAAUUUGUCAGUGCACCAAAUAAGCAAAACACAAAGAAUAGGUUAGUUGUGUACGUAUUAACUAGAAAGAAAAGAAGAAGAAGAGGGUGAAGAAGAAGAAGGUGAGGAUGAUGAGGAGUACGGCACCAAGCAUUAGACUUAGAACCCUAAUUCUGGUGGCUAUGGCUUGCCUUAUUAUGUUUCCGGCAUCGGUCGACUGCUUGGUUCGACACUACAAGUUCAAUGUGGUGAUGAAGAAGGCCACUAGAUUGUGUUCGUCUAAGCCAAUUGUCACGGUGAAUGGCAAGUUCCCUGGUCCCACCAUAGUCGCAAGAGAAGAUGACACUGUGCUUGUCAAGGUGGUCAACCAUGUCAAGUACAAUGUUAGCAUCCAUUGGCAUGGAAUUAGACAAUUGAGGACUGGUUGGGCAGAUGGCCCAGCAUACAUAACCCAAUGCCCUAUCCAGCCAGGGCAAAAUUAUUUGUACAAUUUCACCGUGACUGGCCAGAGAGGUACUCUUUUGUGGCAUGCUCAUAUCCUCUGGCUGAGGGCCACCGUUCACGGUGCUAUUGUUAUAUUGCCCAAGCGUGGUGUUCCUUAUCCAUUCCCUACACCCCAUAAAGAAGAGGUCAUUGUACUAGGUGAAUGGUGGAAAUCAGAUGUUGAAGCUGUGGUCAAUGAAGCUAUGAAAUCUGGAGGAGCACCAAAUGUUUCAGAUGCUCACACCAUCAAUGGCCAUCCAGGACCUGUCCCUGCUUGCCCUUCACAAGGAGGUUUCAACCUACCAGUAGAAUCAGGAAAAACCUACAUGCUUCGAAUCAUCAACGCCGCACUUAAUGAAGAGCUUUUUUUCAAGAUCGCCUGCCAUAAACUCACAGUAGUAGAAGUUGAUGCCACUUAUGUUAAACCCUUCAAAACAGACACAAUAGUAAUAGCCCCAGGCCAAACCACUAACGUUCUUUUAACCGCAGACCGUACUUCAGGCAAAUACCUAGUCGCAGCCUCCCCUUUCAUGGACGCCCCAAUCGCAGUAGACAACGUAACUGCCAGCGCCACCUUACACUACUCCGGCGCUCUUUCUUCUGCCGCCACAAUCCUCACCGUUCCGCCACCGCAAAAUGCCACUCCUAUAGCAGCAACUUUUGCUAAUUCUUUACGUAGCCUAAACUCUAAAAAAUACCCAGCUAAUGUCCCAUUAAAAAUCGAUCAUUUCCUUUUCUUCACCAUUGGGCUCGGUGUUAACCCGUGUGCAACUUGCGCUACUGGUAAUAGAGUUGUGGCGGAUAUUAACAAUGUAACUUUUGUUAUGCCAACGAUUUCUCUUCUUCAAGCCCAUUUUUUUAACAUCAGUGGAGUUUUUACCGAUGAUUUUCCCGGCAACCCGCCGGUGCAGUUUAACUAUACGGGGACACAACCGAGUAAUGUUCAGACGAAUAAUGGGACAAGACUUUAUAGACUUGCUUAUAAUUCUACUGUGCAGAUUGUUUUACAAGAUACUGGAAUGAUUGCUCCUGAGAAUCACCCGAUUCAUUUGCAUGGAUUUAAUUUCUUUGAAGUUGGAAGAGGAGUUGGUAACUUUAAUCCCAAGAAAGAUCCAAAGAAGUUCAAUCUUGUUGAUCCUGUUGAAAGGAAUACAGUUGGAGUUCCUUCUGGAGGAUGGACUGCUAUAAGAUUCAGAGCUGAUAAUCCAGGUGUGUGGUUCAUGCAUUGUCAUUUAGAAGUUCACACAACAUGGGGACUUAAGAUGGCAUUCGUCGUAGACAAUGGAAAAGGCCCUAAUGAAUGUCUUCUACCUCCUCCUCCUGAUCUACCCAAGUGUUAAGAGAAUUUCAAGAGGUGGAUAUACAGAUUUUUCUUUCCACAGAAGAGAGCAAAGACUGUUAAAGGUUAAUCUUCCAUUAUAAUAAUAAGAAGAAGAAGAGUUCUUUUGAGCAAAGCUGAAAUUGAAGUCGCCAAGAGUAGAAAUAAAACAAACCUGGAUAUGUUUUUCUUUUUUCUUUUUUCUUUUUUCUUUUUCACUAUUCAUUAUUGUUUGCUGCAUUAAUUAAUUUUCAAAGUCUAGUAUAUUUCAGGGAUGACUGUAAUUAUUAUACAUGUAAAGCAUAAACUGAUAA